UCUAAAUAAUCAUUAAAUGCGAAAAGCCAUUUUCUAAGGAAUACUUAAGUAACUCGUGACUGUGAUUAUUUUCAUAUUUUAUCUAAUUUAAAUAGUUAGAGUCAAUAGUUUUGUUAUGGUACAUUAAACGACAUAUCAUAGAGCAUGGAUUUUUCUGAUAUAAGAUUCGAUUUCUUAAGCGAGUUUGUUUUGAAAACUUUUAAGUUAAAAGCAGAUAAGUGGACAAAGCUAUUAGGAAACGAUGAAUAUAGAAAAAUAGUUUUAGAGUUUUUUGAAAAAACUGAUAGUUCUUAUUUAUUUAUAACGUUAACGAGCACAGGCUUGCUUGUACCUAGUUAUUUUUUGGCUUUUGGCUCUAAAACCAAAACAAUAUACUUUAUUAAAAAAGACAAGAGUGAAAUAAUCACAAAAGACAAAUUUAAAGGAACUCUAAUAGUUGGAGACCUUUCUUCUGCGCCAUUGGAUCAACUUUCAGCAAUAGUUGAUGAGGUAUUUGUUCCUCUACUAUCGAAUGAGAAAAAUCAAACAAGUUGGCCCGAUGUUGUAUCACAAGAUAUUUUACAUCAUGCUAUUGAUUUAAAAAAUAAUGUUUUUGUAAUCUCUGGACAGUACAAAGGAAGAACUCUUCUACCACUACCAAUAGGAUUAGAAAACCUAAAUGAAGAAUUUCCUAAUGACAAACUUGGAGAUCUGUCAGAGGCCAAUAGAUUAUUAAUUCAUAGGAUAGAGUCUGUAGUUAUUGAUUGGACGCACCAAAUAUCUAAAGUGUUAAAAAAAAGUUCUGCUCAGCCAUUAAUAGAAGGUUUAAACCCUGGACCACUUGUUGAGCUUAAUUUUUGGAAAUCUAGGUCAAUAAAUUUGGAAAAUAUAUUUCUACAGUUGCAAGAAGUACGAGUAAAGAAAAUGGCAAAACUUUUGCAACUAUCAAAUAGUAGUUAUUAUUCAGCUUUCAAAAAACUGUUUAAAUCAGUUGUUCUAGCAUUAGAUGAAGCAUAUGACAUUAACAUGCACUUAAAACCACUUAGACGCCCAUUAGAAGAAUUAGAUCAAUUAGAAAUAUCCGAAAUAAAUAGUUUUUUAUGUCCUUUGAUGCAUGCUGUUGGAAUACUUUGGGCUAAAUCAAAGUAUUACUGUAAACCUGGACGUAUUGUAGUUUUAUUACAAGAAAUUGGAAAUUUUUUAAUAUAUCUUGUCAGAAAUUAUUUGGAUCCUAGUGAGAUUUUUAAAUGUGAGUUGGAAGAAUCUUCUAAGAAGAUUGAAAUUGCAAUCAGUAUGUUACAGGAAUACAAAAUUCAGUUUGAAAAUACACGCAAUAUUUUGCCAUCUUAUUUUAAAGAUGAACAACCAAUUAAAAAGUGGGAGUUUGCAAGUGAUUUAGUGUUUACUAGAUAUGAUUUAUUUAUAAAUCGAUUAAAAUUAGUUCAGGAUAUAUUUCAAACCACUAUUGAAUUCAAUAAAUUAGAAAAAGUCGAAAUUGGAGGUAUGAAAGGUAGAAUCUUAAGUCAUCAUGUAAUACAAAUAUUUACUGAAUUUCAAGAGAAUUUUCGUGUAUUUGCUAAUAGCUCUUAUGACAGCCUUAACCCAAGUGAUGUGAAUUUCGACAAGGAUUAUCAUAAGUUUCAGUCGAUAAUUAAGGACUUAGAUAUUCGUCUUGCUGCUAUCAUUAAUCAUGCGUUUAAUAAUUGUUCCUGUUUAGAAGCCAAGUUCAAAUUAAUUGAUAUUUUUGGAUCUCUUUUGGAUCGUCCAUUGAUUGCUAAAAGUUUUGAAAGCAAAUAUGAGGUGCUUUUGAAAAUGGUUGAAGAUGAGCUAGAUCAAGCAAAAAUUGUUUUUGAUAACCAAGUCUUUUUGACAAAUAAAAAUAAACAAGUUAUUGGAAAAAAUAUGCCAUGUAUAGCAGGCAUAUUACGGUGGUGUCAACAAUUGCAUCUUAGAUACCACGUUCCUGUUUAUUAUUUAAAAAUGUCCCUCAAUAGAAAAAUUAUGCAAAGUAAAAUUGGUAAUGUUAUUUUGGAAAAGUAUGAAGAGAUGAAUCGUUUUUUAAAAAGUUAUGAGGAUAGCAUCUACAGUAAAUGGACUUCUGGAGUUAAUGUUAUAGCUGAUCAAAAUCUAAACAAACCACUCAUUGUUAGAAACAAAGAGAAAAAUCUUAUUUAUGUUAACUUUGAUCCACAGCUGGUUGCUGUCCUUAGAGAAGUGAAAUAUCUUGAAAUGACAGAAAAUACCGCUCUUGACAGCAUUCCUGAAUGUGCUUUGGCAGUUUUUGAGAGAAAUAAUGAGUUCAAUAAGUAUUGUGCAAACCUUGACUUGAUUGUUGCUUGGUACAAUAAAGUUUGUUUAACAGUUCUAGAUGUUGAAUAUCCGCUAAUAAAAAAUCAGCUUGAUGUUAUAGACAGGCAAUUAAAAGAAGCUGAAGACAAGCUAAACUGGAAUAGUCAAGGAAUAUGGGAAUAUAUUGAUCAAUCUCGAGAUAUGGUUCAUCAGCUAGAGCAAAACGUUCAGUCAGCAAAAUCUAAUGUUGCCGUGAUAAAAACAUUAAUGAGUAAAUGGAGCCUUGCUCCACUUUAUGAUAGAAAAGAUGGGAAAAAAGAUGGACUUUUAUAUAUUGAAGAUAAACCUCUUGUAUUAAAAAAACGUUAUGACUUUAUCAAAGAAACUGGAGAUCAAAUAUUUAAAUUAGUUUUAGAAAAUAAAAAUGCUUUUUCAGCUGAUGCAGAAUCUGAAAUUUGGAAAUCUUAUAUUGAGUAUUUAGAUGAUAUGGUAGUUGAAGGUUUUCUAAAAGCUGUUCAUUGUUCAUUACAAUUUAUUCUCACUAGCACAGAUGCAAAACUAGUUCAAUUUCCUUUAUUUGAAUCAAGGCUGGAGUUACAAGCACCUGAUUUGAUUUUUGUACCUCCUUUAGAUUUUAAUUGUAAAGGAUGUUUUUUUACAAUUGUUGAAGAGAUUUUGUCCGAUAUUUACUCCCAAGCAAGUCUCAUAAAUCGUCUUGCAUCGCAUUAUGAUCAACCAAAUUAUCAGUAUGACAUUGAAGUACUUGAGGAACUUUCAGAGAUGAGAACAGAAAUUCUUGAACAUGUUUCAAAUGUAAUGAACAAAGCAUGUGAUUAUCGCAAUUCUUUUCAUUGUUAUGAAUAUUUAUGGACUGAUGAGCGCAAUGAGUUUAUGAAUCAAUUUUUAAAAUAUGGUCGCACAUUGACACUAGAAGAGUUAGAGAGGCAUGGGGAAGGUGAGAUUCCUGAAAGUUCUCCAACAUUGCAACAGUUUAAAGAACAAAUUGGUAUUUAUGAAAGGUUGUAUGCUGAAAUUGAGGAAAUCAAUGGAAUAGUUAUUUUUGAUGGAUGGUUUCGCGUUGAUGUAAAACCUUUUAAACAAGCUUUGUUAAAUAUAGUAAAGAGAUGGAGUUUUAUGUUUAAACAGUAUCUGAUUGAUCAUGUCCAAAAUAGUCUUACAAGUUUAUCAGCAUUUAUUAAAACGACGGACCAAGGAUUGUUAAAACCUGUUCAAGAAAAUGAUUUAAAUGGUUUGGUAGAAUGUAUGGGUCAUUUAAUGGCUGUAAAAGAUCGAACACAGUUAACUGAUGCAAUGUUUGAACCACUAAAACAAACAAUUGAGCUACUUAAAUCAUACAACCAAGAACUUAGCGAAGAAAUCCAUACUUUAUUACAGGAGCUUCCAGAAAAAUGGAAUAAUACCAAAAAAAUUUGUGUCACAGUUAAACAAUAUGUUGCACCAUUACAAGCCAAUGAAGUAGCUAUCAUUAGAAGAAAUUGUAUAAGUUUUGAUGUGAGACAGCAUGAGUUUCGUGAAGAGUUUCGAAAGACUGCACCUUUAAAUUUCGAUUCUGAAGAUGUUUACAAGCGUAUUGAUGAGUGGCAUAAUCGUAUAUCAGACUUAGAAGCUGAGAUGCAAGGUCUCCAUCAGUCUGCAAGUUUAUUUGAAGUAAAUGUACCAGAUUUCAAACAGCUUAAAGCUUGUGGUAAAGAAGUUGUAAUGUUAAAGUCUUUAUGGGACAUGAUUGGAUUAGUUUUAAGCAAUAUAAAUCAUUGGAAAACAACUCUAUGGUCAAAAAUUGAUGUUGAUACUAUGGAAGUUGACUGUAAAAGUUUUGUGAAAGAAAUUCGUACUCUGGAUAAAGAGAUGAAAGCAUGGGAUGCAUUUAAUGGCUUAGACUGUACAGUUAAAAAUAUGAUAACAUCUUUGCGGUCUAUUAGUGAACUUCAGAAUCCAGCACUCAGAGAACGUCAUUGGCAGCAAUUGAUGAAAGCAACUAAAGUAAGGUUUUUGAUGAAUGAAAAUACAACUCUUGCAGACUUACUUGCUUUAAACUUGCAUAAGUUUGAAGAUGAAGUUCACAAUAUUGUGGAUAAAGCUACAAAGGAACUAAGCAUGGAAAAAGUCAUUGCAGAACUUAAUAACACAUGGUCAGUUAUGUUGUUAGAAUAUGAAGAGCAUCAUAGAACAAAAAUUAAGUUGUUAAAGACAAGUGAAGAACUCAUAGAAGUUUUGGAAGAUAACCAAGUUCAAUUACAAAAUUUGAUGACUUCCAAAUACAUUGGGCAUUUUUUAGUAGAAGUUUCAGGAUGGCAGAAAAAGCUUUCUACAGUUGAUGCUGUUCUUUCUAUGUGGAUGGAAGUACAACGGACAUGGUCACACUUAGAAAGUAUUUUUAUUGGUUCAGAUGAUAUUAGGGCUCAGCUUCCCGAGGAUUCUGCAAGAUUUGAUGGAAUAGAUUUUGAUUUUAAGGAAAUGUGUAUUAAUGCAUCUCAAACUCCAAAUGUUGUAUUGUGCUGUACUAAGCCAAAUUUAUAUGAAAAGUUGGAAAAUGUUCAAGCCAGACUAAGCUUAUGCGAAAAAGCUUUAGCAGAGUAUUUAGAGACGAAACGUCUUGCAUUCCCACGUUUUUACUUUGUUUCUCCUGCUGACUUACUUGAUAUUUUAUCUAAAGGAAAUCAACCUUUAGAGGUUUGUCGCCAUUUGGCCAAAUUAUUUGAUAAUAUGUCAACACUAGAAUUUACAAAGGACAAUGAUGGAGUUCAAACAAAGCAAGCUAUUGGGAUGUAUAGUAAAGAAAAUGAAUAUGUUAAGUUUAACAAGCCAUUUAUGUGUACUGGACAGGUUGAAACAUGGUUAACUAGAUUACUUAAUUGCAUGCAAGAAACAAUCAGACAUGAAUUAUCUGAAGCAGUGGUAGCAUAUGAAGAAAAGCCACGAGACCAUUGGCUGUUUGAUUAUCCUGCACAGGUUGCUUUAUGCGGAACACAAAUUUGGUGGACAACAGAAGUUGGAAUAUCAUUCAAUCGUUUAGAAGAAGGUUAUGAAAAUGCCAUGAAAGAUUACUACAAAAAACAGAUUACACAACUCACAACAUUAAUAACAAUGUUAGUUGGGGAUUUAUCUCCAGGUGACAGACAAAAAAUAAUGACCAUUUGCACUAUUGAUGUUCAUGCUCGAGAUGUAAUUGCAAAGUUAAUUCAACAAAAAGUUGAAAAUUCACAAGCAUUUUUAUGGUUAAGUCAGUUAAGACAUCGUUGGGACGAUCAUCUCCAGCAUUGUUUUGUUAACAUCUGUGAUGCACAGUUUAAAUACUUUUAUGAGUAUCUUGGAAAUACACCUCGACUUGUUAUUACACCGUUAACUGACAGGUGCUACAUCACACUAACUCAGUCACUUCAUUUAAAUAUGAGUGGUGCUCCAGCAGGUCCAGCUGGAACGGGUAAAACCGAAACAACAAAGGAUUUAGGGCGUGCACUGGGUAUUAUUGUCUAUGUUUUUAACUGUUCAGAGCAAAUGGACUACAAGAGUUGUGGUAACAUCUACAAAGGACUUGCACAAUCAGGAGCUUGGGGGUGUUUUGACGAGUUUAAUCGUAUUUCAAUUGAAGUUUUGUCAGUAAUAGCUGUUCAAGUAAAAUCAAUCCAGGAUGCUAUUCGUGAUAAGAAAAAGCGUUUUAUUUUCCAGGGUGAAGAAAUAUCCUUAAUACCAACUGUAGGUAUGUGGAUAACCAUGAACCCAGGAUAUGCUGGAAGAACUGAACUCCCAGAAAAUUUAAAAUGUCUUUUCAGACCAUGCGCUAUGGUUGUACCUGAUUUUGAACUUAUAUGUGAGAUUAUGUUGGUUGCAGAAGGGUUUGUUGAAGCAAAAAUGCUUGCAAGGAAGUUUAUAACCCUUUACACAUUAUGUAAAGAGCUUCUUUCAAAACAGGAUCAUUAUGAUUGGGGGUUACGAGCUAUCAAGUCUGUUUUAGUAGUAGCAGGUACUUUAAAGAGAGGUGAUCGUGCGAGAGCAGAAGAUCAGGUUCUCAUGAGAGCAUUGCGUGAUUUUAACAUUCCAAAAAUUGUUACAGAUGACUUACCAGUUUUCAUGGGACUGAUCUAUGAUUUAUUUCCAUCUAUGGAUGUUCCAAGAAACCGAAAUUUAGAAUUUGAAGCUGAAAUUAGAAAAGCUGUUCUGGAUUUAAAACUUCAACCUGAGGAUAGUUUUGUGUUGAAAAUUGUUCAACUUCAAGAACUAGUAGAAGUUAGACAUUCUGUGUUUGUGAUUGGAGCUGCUGGAACAGGAAAAUCUCAGGUUAUUAGGUCAUUAAAUAGAACUUAUUUUAAUCAGAAGAAAAGACCUUAUAUGAUUGACAUGAAUCCUAAAGCUGUUACUGCAGACGAAUUGUUUGGGUUCAUCAAUCCUGCAACUAGGGAGUGGAAAGAUGGUUUGUUCUCUGUUGCCAUGCGUGAUCUUUCAAAUAUUGCCAAUAAUUCUCCAAAAUGGAUUGUUUUGGAUGGUGAUAUAGAUCCAAUGUGGAUUGAAUCUUUAAAUACUGUUAUGGACGAUAACAAGGUGUUAACACUAGCUAGUAAUGAGCGUGUACCACUCACACCAUCAAUGAGGUUAAUUUUUGAAAUAGGAGAUUUAAAAACUGCAACUCCUGCUACAGUUUCUCGUGCUGGAAUACUGUUUUUAAAUUAUGCAGAUGUUGGAUGGAAUCCUUAUGUUCAAAGUUGGAUUGAUAAACGAGAGGUUCAAUCAGAAAAAGCAAAUCUUCAUAUUUUGUUUGAUAAAUAUGUGCCAGUGCUCUUAGAUGCUGUAAGAACAAAAUUUAAGAAAAUCACUCCAAUUGUAGAUAUAAGUAUGGUUCAAAUGCUUUGUUAUCUGCUUGAAGUUCUUUUUACUCCAGAGAAUACACCUCCUGAUUCUAGUAAAGAACUUUAUGAACUAUACUUUGUAUUUGCUUCAAUAUGGGCUUUUGGUGGAAGUAUGUUCCAAGAUCAGUUAAUAGACUACAGAGCUGAGUUUUCAAAAUGGUGGGUUUCAGAAUUUAAAGGGGUCAAGUUUCCUUCAUCAGGAACAGUUUUUGACUACUGUAUUGAUGUGGUUAAUCGUAGAUUUGUUACUUGGGCAGAUAAAGUCCCACAGUUUGAAUUUGAUCCUGAAAUGCCUUUACAGGCUGUUCUUGUUCAUACCUCUGAAACAAUAAGAAUUCGAUAUUUUAUGGAUUUGUUAAUGGAAGCUAAACGACCUAUUAUGUUGAUAGGAAAUGCAGGUUGUGGAAAAACUGUACUUGUUGGUGAAAAGUUUGCUUCGCUUGAUCCAGACAAAAUGAUAGUUGCAAAUGUCCCAUUUAAUUUUUAUACAACUUCUGCCAUGUUACAACAGAUUUUAGAAAAGCCAUUAGAAAAGAAAGCUGGCAGGAAUUAUGGACCGCCUGGUGCAAAGCGAUUAGUUUAUUUUAUUGAUGAUAUGAAUAUGCCUAAGGUUGAUACUUAUGGCACAGUACAACCACAUACACUUAUAAGACAACAUCUUGAUUACAAUCAUUGGUAUGACAGACAGAAGUUAACAUUGAAAGAAGUACACAAUUGUCAAUAUGUGGCAUGCAUGAAUCCAACUGCAGGAAGUUUUACAAUCAAUUCUAGACUUCAGCGUCACUUCUGUGUUUUUGCAAUAAGUUUUCCGAGUUCUGAUGCUUUAAAGUCAAUUUAUUCAAACAUUCUUAGUGGUCAUUUAACAAUGUUUGGAUUUAGCUCUGCAAUACAAAAGAUUGCUGAUAGGGUUAUAGAUGCUGCAAUUGUGCUCAAUACUAAGAUAACAAUGUCUUUUCUUCCUACUGCCUUUAAAUUUCACUACGUGUUUAAUCUUCGUGAUUUAUCCAAUAUAUUUCAGGGUUUACUGUUUUCAACAAAAGAUAGUGUAAAAGCUCCAGUAGAUUUAGUUCGUCUAUGGAACCAUGAAUGUAAUCGUGUAUACCGUGAUAAAUUUUUGGAUAAUAGUGAUACAGAUUUAUUUGAUAAAAUUCAAGCUGAUUUUAAUAUGAAAAUGUUUGAUGAUUUGGACACAGUAGCAUUGAAUGAAAAGCCAUUAUUGUAUUCACAUUUUGCUAAAGGUAUUGGUGACCCAAAGUAUAAUUCUGUUUCUAGUUGGGGUGCUCUUUCAAAAUUGUUAGUUGAUGCCCUUGAUAGUCACAAUGAAGUUAAUGCUGUUAUGAAUUUAGUAUUAUUUGAAGAUGCUAUGUCUCAUAUAUGUAGGAUCAAUCGAAUUCUAGAAUCACCUCGUGGCAAUGCUCUUUUAGUUGGUGUUGGGGGCAGUGGUAAGCAAAGUUUGGCACGAUUAGCUGCAUACAUUAGCGCAUUAGAAGUAUUUCAGAUAACAUUGAGAAAAGGUUACAGCAUAGCAGAUUUAAAGGUUGAUCUUGGAAUUUUGUGCUACAAGUCAGGUGUGAAAAAUAUUGGAACAGUUUUUAUAUUGACUGAUGCUCAAGUUCCAGAAGAAAACUUCCUUGUUCUUAUUAAUGACUUAUUAGCUUCUGGUGAAAUUCCUGGACUAUACGCUGAUGAAGAAGUUGAGAAUAUUAUUAAUGCUAUUAGAAAUGAAGUAAAAGGGGCUGGUAUUCAAGAUACGCGUGAAAACUGCUGGAAGUUUUUUGUCAGUCGUGUUCGCCGCCAGCUAAAAGUGGUCUUGUGUUUUUCCCCAGUUGGUAAUACACUUCGUAUUAGAAGCAGAAAGUUUCCUGCUCUCACAAAUUGUACAUCCAUAAACUGGUUUCAUGAGUGGCCAGAAGAAGCUUUAGUCUCUGUUAGCAAGAGAUUCUUAGAUGAAACAGAGCAAGUUUUGCCCGAACAAAAGCAAUCUGUUGCUGAGUUUCUUGCUUAUACUCAUACCAGUGUUAAUUUGAUGAGUCAGACCUAUUUAGUCAAUGAAAGACGGUAUAACUAUACAACACCUAAAAGCUUUCUUGAGCAGAUUUCUUUGUACAAAAAUUUAAUAAAAAGAAAGAGUAGAGACCUCUUGCAAAACAUGGAGCGUUUAGAAAAUGGCUUGACAAAGCUUCAGAGUACUGCUCAACAAGUUGAUGAUUUAAAAUCAAAACUAGCAUCUCAGGAAAUUGAGUUAGCACAAAAGAAUGAAGAUGCAGAUGCUUUGAUUAAGCGGGUAGGGAUUGAAACAGAGAAGGUUAGCAAAGAAAAAGCAUUUGCUGAUGAUGAAGAAAAGAAAGUUGCAGUAUUUGCAAAAGAAGUAGGAAUAAAACAAGUGUCCUGUGAAACAGAUUUAGCCAAAGCUGAACCUGCUUUAGCUGCAGCACAAGAGGCUUUGAAUACUUUAAACAAAAAUAACUUGACUGAGUUAAAAUCAUUUGGUACUCCUCCACCAGCAGUUGUAAGUGUAACUUCUGCAGUCAUGGUUUUACUUGCCCCAGAUGGUAAGGUACCAAAAGACAGAAGUUGGAAAGCUGCAAAAGUGAUGAUGGGAAAAGUAGAUCAAUUCUUGGAUCAACUUAUUAAUUAUAAUAAAGAAAAUAUUCAUGAAAAUUGUUUAAAGGCUGUUCAACCAUAUCUUGAUGAUCCGCAGUUCAAUGCUGACUUUAUUCGUGCAAAGUCAGGUGCAGCUGCUGGUUUAUGUGCAUGGGUUGUUAACAUUGUUACUUUUUAUCGUGUUUUUUGUGAUGUUGAACCAAAAAGAAAAGCUUUGGCCCAAGCAAAUUCUGAUUUAGCAGUUGCUGAAGAAAAGUUGUCUAAAAUUAAGGCAAAGAUCAAGGAGUUGGAUGCAAAUUUGGCUGAACUGACAGCUUCAUUUGAACAAGCAACUAGUGCUAAGCUUCGUUGUCAAAAAGAAGCAGAACGAACUUCAAAAACUAUUGAACUUGCAAAUCGAUUAGUUGGUGGAUUGGCUUCUGAGAAUAUUCGAUGGGCUGAAUCAGUUUUAAAAUUUAAAAAGCAAGCUAUGACAUUACCUGGUGAUGUUUUGCUUAUAUCUGCAUUUAUAUCAUAUGUUGGCAGUUUUUCAAAGGUUUAUAGAGAAGAUCUGAGUAGUAAAUGGUUAACUUUUUUGAGAGAACAAAAGGUUCCUAUUCCAAUAACAAAUGACCUUGAUCCACUUACUCUGCUUACUGAUAAUGCUAUGAUUGCACAAUGGAAUAAUGAUAACUUGCCAAGUGAUCGUAUGUCUACUGAAAAUGCAACGAUUUUGCUUAAUGCUGAACGAUGGCCCUUAAUGAUUGAUCCACAACUUCAAGGCAUUAAAUGGAUCAAAACUCGUGAGCAAGAUUUGAAGGUAGUUAGAUUAGGACAGAAAGGAUAUCUUGAUAUUAUUGAAUCAGGUGUUAGCAAUGGAGAUUGUGUGUUAAUAGAGAGUAUAGGAGAGUCACUUGAUCCAGUUUUAGACCCUAUACUAGGAAGAAACACUAUCAAGAAAGGAAGAUACAUCAAACUUGGAGACAAAGAAAUUGAAUACAAUCCAAACUUUCGCUUGAUUUUAAUGACAAAACUCGCUAAUCCACAUUACAAACCUGAAAUGCAGGCUCAGACUACACUAAUUAAUUUUACAGUCACCAAAGAGGGUUUAGAGGACCAGUUGCUUGCUAAUGUUGUUGCAAAAGAAAGACCAGAUCUUGAAGAGUCAAAGUCACAACUUACUCAACAACAGAAUCGUUUCACAAUAAUUCUCAAGGAGUUGGAAGAUUCUCUUUUAGCUCGAUUAUCAUCUGCUGCAGGAAAUUUUUUAGGUGAUUAUGAGUUAGUAGAAAACUUAGAGACUACUAAACGGACUGCUGCAGAUAUUGAAGAGAAAUCUAAAGAAGCUAAAGUGACAGAAAUAAAAAUUAACGAAGCGCGUGAGAUGUACCGUUCAGCCGCAGCUCGAUCUUCACUGUUAUAUUUUAUUCUUAAUGAUUUAAACAAAAUUAACUUAAUUUAUCAAUUUUCUUUAAAGGCUUUCAGUGUAGUUUUUGAAAAAGCUAUUGAGAAAUCAGCCAAAGAUGAAAAUGUUAAAAUUCGUGUCAACAAUCUUAUUGACUGCAUUACUUAUACAGUUUUUGUGUAUACAACAAGGGGCUUGUUUGAAAAAGAUAAGUUAAUUUUUAUGGCACAAGUUGCAUUUCAAAUUUUGCUAAUGAGUAAAGAAAUUGUUCCUGAAGAGCUAAACUUUUUGUUAAGAUUUCCUAUUGUUAUAAAUAUAACAAGUCCUGUUGAUUUUUUAUCAAAUAGCAGUUGGGGUGGAGUGAAAGCACUAAGUGCAAUGGAGGAUUUUCGCAAUCUUGAUCAUGACAUUGAAGGUUCAGCUAAGCGAUGGAAAAAAUUUAUAGAAUGUGAAUGUCCUGAAAAGGAAAAAUUUCCUCAAGAAUGGAAAAAUAAAACUUCUUUGCAGAAGUUGUGCAUGAUGAGAGCUUUCAGACCUGAUCGAAUGACUUAUGCAAUUAAAUUAUUUGUUGAAGAAAAACUUGGCUCCAAAUAUGUUGAAGAUCGUCAAGUGGAGUUGUCAGUAUCUUAUGAAGAAAGUGGUCCUGCAACACCUAUAUUUUUUAUUCUAUCUCCUGGUGUUGAUCCUCUGAAAGAUGUUGAAUUUCUUGGGAAAAAAAUGGGUUUUUCUUCUGACAAUAAGAAUUUACACAGUGUUUCAUUAGGACAAGGUCAAGAAAUAGUUGCAGAGAAAGCAUUAGAUCUUGCUUCUAAAGAAGGUCAUUGGGUUGUAUUGCAAAAUAUUCAUUUGGUUAAAAAAUGGCUUCCAACUCUUGAAAAAAAGAUUGAGUUGUACAGCAUUGGAAGUCAUCCACAUUAUCGUUUGUUUAUGUCAGCAGAGCCUGCUCCUACUCGGGAUAGUCAUUGUAUACCUCAAGGUAUUUUAGAAGUAUCAAUCAAAAUUACAAAUGAACCACCAACUGGUAUGAUGGCAAAUGUACACAAAGCACUUGACAAUUUCAAUCAGGAAACUCUUGAAAUGUGUGCAAGAGAAAAUGAGUUCAAAAGCAUUUUGUUUUCACUUUGCUAUUUUCAUGCUGUGGUUGCUGAGCGUCGUAAGUUUGGUCCACAAGGAUGGAAUCGUAGUUAUCCUUUUAACACAGGAGACUUAACAAUAAGUGUUUAUGUUUUAUAUAAUUACUUGGAAGCUAAUGCAAAGGUUCCAUGGACUGAUUUACGUUAUCUUUUUGGAGAAAUUAUGUAUGGUGGACAUAUCACUGAUGAUUGGGACAGGCGGUUGUGUCGUACUUAUCUGGAAGAGUACAUGAAGCCCGAAAUGAUUGAUGGAGAUUUAUUUCUGGCACCAAAUUUUCCUAUACCGACAAACAUGGAUUACAUUGGAUAUCAUUCAUAUGUAAAUGAAGUAUUGCCACCAGAGAGCCCCAAUCUUUAUGGUCUGCAUCCUAAUGCUGAAAUUGGUUUUUUGACCUCUACCUCUGAAAAUUUAUUUAAGACUAUAUUGGAACUGCAACCACGUGAUUCUAGCGGAGUGGGAGGGGGAGGACAAACGCGCGAUGAAAAAGUAAAACAGGUUCUAGAUGAGAUUUUAGAAAAACUUCCCGAGAGUUUUGGUAUGAUGGAAUUAAUGGCUAAAGCUGAAGAAAGGACUCCAUACACUGUUGUUGCACUACAAGAAGCUGAUAGAAUGAAUGUUUUAACAAAUGAGAUUAGAGUUUCACUUAAAGAGCUUGACCUUGGUUUAAAAGGUGAGCUUACAAUUACAAAUGCUAUGGAAGAACUUUCUAACUCGUUGUUUUUUGAUGAAGUUCCUAAAUCAUGGAGUUUAAAAGCUUAUCCAAGCAUGUAUAGCUUAGGUGCUUGGUUUAUAGAUCUUUUACUCCGUAAUAAAGAUUUGGAUACUUGGACAGGUGAUUUUAAUCUACCAAGCGUAGUAUGGCUUUCUGGUUUAUUUAAUCCACAAUCAUUUAUUACGGCAGUUAUGCAAUCUAUGGCGCGAAAAAAUGAAUGGCCUCUAGAUCGGAUGACUCUGCAAGUUGAUGUUACUAAAAAAAAUAAAGAAGAUUUUACUACGCCACCUAGAGAGGGUGCUUAUGUUCAUGGAUGUUUUAUGGAAGGUGCUAGAUGGGAUACUCAACUUGGAAUGAUUGCUGAUUCUAGGGUAAAAGAGUUAACGCCUCAAAUGCCUGUGCUUUUCUUACGCGCUAUUCCAGUUGACAAACAAGAUACUAAAAACUCUUACGAAUGUCCAGUUUAUAAAACCAGACAACGUGGACCGACUUACGUUUGGAAUUUUCAUUUAAAAACCAAAGAGAAUCCUGCGAAAUGGAUUUUAGCAGGCGUUGCUUUGCUUCUUAGUGUUUAAAUUACCUAUUACAUUUAUAUUAAAUGUUUAUGAAAAUUAAAUUAAUAAAUAAUAAAAUAAUAAUAAAUGGUUUUUACAUGUAUAGUUUUUUACUCUCUAAAUAUAUGCUGUUUUUAUAAA